GGCGGGGCUAGCCGGCGGCCCCACCCCGCGCAGGUGACCCGCAUGGCUCUGGCCGCGGGGUUGUAGGCGGCCGCGCGGUCCCGGGGCAAUCGGGCUUCCCGCCCCUUGGCCGCCUCCCUAUAUGUGACCUUCCGCGGCCGGCCGGGCAUGGAGCGCCUCGCCGUCCCCCGGCCAUGGAGCAGGCGGAGCCGCGCGUGCUGGACGCGCUCGCCUACCUGGAGUGCUUCCUGGGCCCGCUGUGCUUCGUGCUGCUCAAGCUGUUGGGCUCGCCCUACGGUCGCUAUGCGCCGCAGUGGCCCGGCCUGCGGGUGUCGGCGCGGGUCGCCUGGGUCGUGCAGGAGCUGCCCUCGCUGGCCUGGCCGCUGUACGAGUGCGGCCGCGCGGCCGCGGAGCGCCUGCACCACUGGCCCAGCCGCAUCCUGCUGGCCAUGUUCCUGGUCCACUACAUGCAACGGACCCUGAUCUUCCCGUUUCUGAUCCGAGGAGGGAAGCCAACACCGGUGUAUGCGUGUGCAAUGGCGUUCGUGUUCUGUGCCUACAACGGCUACUUGCAGAGCAGGUACCUGAGCCAGUAUGCAGUCUAUCCCGACGACUGGCUGACAGACCCUCGGUUCCUCUCAGGCUUUGCCCUGUGGUUCCUGGGGCUGCUGAUAAACAUCCAUUCAGACCACAUCCUGAGGAAUCUCCGGCGACCAGGGGAGACGGGAUACAAGAUACCCAGGGGAGGCCUGUUUGAGUUCGUGACCGCCGCCAACUACUUUGGAGAAAUCACGGAGUGGUGCGGCUUCGCCCUGGCCAGCUGGUCCCUGCAAGGCAGCGCCUUUGCCAUGUUCACGUUCUGUGUCCUGCUCACCAGAGCGGAGCAGCAUCACCAGUGGUACCUCGAGAAGUUUGAAGACUACCCGAAGUUCAGAAAAAUUCUGAUCCCCUUCUUGUUCUAAGUGCGUUGCUGACGCUGGAAGCCUCUCAGCUGGAAGCCUCUGAGCGCUUCCUCUGCAGACUGAGGCUGAAUGACUGCUCUGUCGUUGCCCCGCUUCUUCCUUGUCCUCAAGAUAGAGUCUAAGGAGAUUGUUUUGUGUUGUUGUGUUGACCUGUAGGCUGACUGGUUAUGCACUAACCACGCGGCAGUACCAGGGUCACGGUGCGCGCCAGGUCAGGAACGGGGCGCUCUGGGUAAGCGCCGCUGACGGUCCCCUGAUUCGGGGCUCAGCCGUGUGGGCUGUGCUGAGCCGGGAAGGUGCAGGGCCAGGAUGUGCUCUCUGUGGCCUCCGGGUGGCGCUCUCCCUUUCCACUCAGGGUCCACCGCAGGGGUGCCCCUCCCUCACAGAGGUGCCGUCGGACCUGCUGAUCUUUCCUGUGGUCCUCACAGGAGGCCUGGGAGAGCCAGGUGUCGCUUGGCAGUGUUUGCUGCAGGUGCUGUGUGUGGGCAGAGAGUGGGGCAUGGAGGUAGAGGAGGGCCUGCCGGGGCCCAGCCAAGGCAUCUGGCACUUGGACCAGCCCAGCUCAUCAGACAGCCUCGCUGGGCAGGACGGGACAGGUGGCAUGGCAGCCUCUAGGGAGCCAGCUUCUGUGUCCCUGGUGGAGGACUCGGGCCUCUGGUGUGCGUGCGAAGCUGGGGUUCAGGUCCCCACCCCAGCCAUCGGCGUCCUCAACCAUCAUGGGUUCUGUUUCUUCAGCUUGGCUAGAACUGGGAUUUUUCUGAGAAACUUGUUUUUCACGUCUUCCUCGAGAUUGCAAAAUCGAAUCUUGGAACAGUCUUUUCCUUCAAGUGCAAUGGAGAGUCUGCAGAGAUGAAGGGCAGAGAUAAAAUUUACCACUCAGAUAAGGAACGCCACAGCGGGAGCUGGAGGGAGGCCAGGCGUCUGCCAGGCGUCUGGGAUCCUGUGAAAAUCCACUAAACUGGUCUUGACGGUGUCCCCAGGGCCUGUCCCUCGGCAGGGCGGGAGCUGAACGAGAGACAGGGACUUGGGGUUCACUCGGUGACCCACCACUGUGGCCAGAUGAGGAAGCCCACGACACACCCGCAGCUAUGCACCUGCCGUCUGGGCCACAGCCCGCUGCUGCCCCGGUACCUGUCGGCCUCCCUCCCCUGAAUCGCCCACAGGAGCUGCAGGCCCUGGCCCAGUGCCUUCCAGAGUCUCAGGGCUGCCGAAUCCCCCCAGGGAACGCCCCGAGGCAGCUGCUUGGCUUUAACCGAACAUGGCGUUCUUGCAGAGGGAUUUUAUUACGUGAACUCUGGCCCUUGUGCUGACCAAGUAAUUGCUGGCAACCCCAAAACCACAAACCUGUUGGAUCUCCCCAGGACAGCUCAAAAGGCUGGGCCCUGCUGUGGAGAGUGAGCCUGGCUGGAAGAAGAUACGGGAGACCACAGCAGCUCUGGCACUUCUAACUCCGUCCUAAUGACUCAGGUGCAAAACUCGGGAUUGACUCGAGGCUGGGUGCCCAGCUUCCAGCUCCUAGCACAUAUGUGUCAUCACCAUAAAAUAAGAGCCAGGAUCACAGCGAGUGUGCGAUUCACAGGGGGAAAUCCUGUUGCGUCUCAGUCCCAGUGCCGCUCCUGUAAGCUGCAGCAGAUGAAGUUGGGUUCACUGUGGCUUCUAAGAGGCUCAAAAGGUUGCAGAAGAACCAGCCCUUUUGCCCGUCUCCCUCUCAGGCGCAGGUACUUGCAAUGGCUUCAGCCCCGGCCCCGCCUGCCUCCUGCUGUAGCGACAGGUGAUCUCACACAGCUCUGGGCACAGCUGCCCAACGCCCUCCACGCCAUUCUCAUGCAUUUUCAUGACCGUGGUUGUUAGAAGUUUGAUGUCUCGUUUCUUGAGGACACGGAUUUGUCCCGCUAACACAGUAAUUAAUGAGGAUAAACCAAAGCUGGUGAUACUCAUGUGUUUGUCACACCCGGCCAUGCUGCAAAGCUAGUGUUAACGAAUUCCAGCAUUUUUAUGUUCUUAUUCUUAGAAUGUCUAGCCUUGCCAUCAUCAUUUCCAAAUAUCUUUUUUUUUAAAGAUUUAUUUAUUUUAUUUGAAAGAGUUACACAGAGAGAGAAAGAGAGGCAGAGAGAGAGAGGUCUUCCAUCCACUGGUUCACUCCCCCUAUGGCCACAAUGACCAGAGCUGCACCAAUCCGAAGCCAGGAGCUAGGAGCUUCUUCCAGGUCUCCCACGUGGGUGCAGGGGCCCAAGGACUUGGGCCAUCUUCCACUACUUUCCCAGGUCAUAGCAGAGAGCUGGAUUGACAGUGGAGCAGCCGGGACUUGAACCCGUGCCCAUAUGGGAUUCUGGCACUGCAAGUGGCAGCUUUACCUACUACACCACAGCGCUGGCCCCAUUUCCAAACAUCUUAAGUGUGUAUUGUGCCGCGUUUGCAGCUGUUACUUUUGUUGCUGCCUCCUUAAAUGUGCAAGAACUUAGGGAGCAGUAUUGGAUGAUAGACAUGAAGACCAGAAUUCUCGUGUAAUUAACAGGAAUGCCUUUGUUUGAGAUUGCUGUUUUGAGCAUCCUUUUAUAUCCUUACCUGGUUCUUGGUCUGCUUCCUACUUUAACCAUUGGAAUCUUUGCUUUUUAAAAAUUAUCAUUUAUGUCUUCUGAGAUUUUCAGGUUUACUCUGUACAGGUCAGAAAUGGGAAAAGGGGACGUAAAAGAGGUGUAGAGGAGAUAGGAAACUGUAACAGCAUGUCGACUUGCACGUUCCAGGACCGUGAGUUAUUUUCUCCAUUAAGAUGUUCCCGAAGUUUAUUUUUCUUUUUCAUCACACACUGACAUCUGUUGUGAUUUCUUAGAUACUUCCUGGUAGUUGGAUUUCCACCUCUGUCUUGGUUAGCGUGCCUGCUCUAACCUUGGCAGAUGUCUCUGUCUCUUCUGGGCUGGGAAGGAGUGCUGUCAUUUUCAGGGUCAGAGGUCAUGAGUGUCUUAUAAAGAACACUGUUCCCUUCACUUGAAUAACAAGUACGUCCUCACAGUCAAGUCCCCUGGAGUUGUACGUCCAAGGUUUCCUUCAAUCCAGGGAUUUUUAGGUAAAUAAUUUUUGUUUAGAAUGAUGGUUUUUCCUUUUCAUCCAUUUGGGGGUUUACUAUUGUAAUUACUCCUUUUCCCAUUUGUGGAUAUACUGGAGAUUAUUUUGUGAAAUUUCUCCUUUGUAGAUUCUGAGAUUUCUUUUGUAAUCUAAAGAAUGCUAACAUUUUUAACAACAACAAAAGUACUUUUGAAACUCCAUCCCGUCUGUUCUCUCUUAAUUCACACAUUGUUGUGGUCCUCUGCAAUCAUUUUUCUCCCGUGUCUGAUUUUCCUGCCUGGAUAUUUCUAACAGGUUUUGAUUUAUGCUUUAGAUGCUGUGCCUUUGCACAACUUUCCUUGUUACCUGUACCUGUUACCAACGCAAAAGAAUCUCCUUGUUGAAUUACUUGAACUAGUUUAUUAAGAAUAUUGUCACACUGCAUUUUUUGGUUGAUGAAGCCAUUGGAUUUUUCCUUGCCCAUCUCCUUAUUUAAGCUUGUAAACAUCAUUAGUGUUAGUUAUUUGGGCAGAGUGGAAGAAGGGAACAGAUACAACUUUUUCUUAAAAUGUGCUUGAAAGGCAGAGUUAUAGGGAGAGAGAGAGAGAGAUCUUCCUUCCACUGGUUCACUCAUGUACGUCAUUGCAGUGGCCAGAACUGGAGACAGAAACUCCAUCUGCAUCUCCCAUAUGGGUAGCAGGUGCCCAAGCACUCGGGCCAUCUCCCACUGCUUUCCUAGGCACAUUAGCAGGGAGCUGGAUCGGAAGUGGAGCCUCUGAGACUGGAACAGGUGCUCAUAUAGAAUGCCAAUGUCCCAGGCAGCAGCCGAACUUGCUGCAACAAUGUAUUUUUAACACACAUUAUAGCCAAGGCUUAAUAACUCUACUAAAUAAAUAAGUAAAAAGUCCAACAGAAUAAUUGGCAAGAGUAUAAACAAUAAUCAGAUGUUAUCUUUAACAGCAUUAUAAAUGGACUUUGCCAUUUAAUAAGUUAGCUUGCAUUUUUAUUUUAUUAAUCACUACUCAGAAAUGUUCUUUCUCUUAGGAUGUUUUCUGUUUUUAUUGUUUGUGAGCUGCUUCUUUUGCAUUUUUCUAUACUAAUUUGCAAAACCAAGCUCAUUGGAGUCACUUUGCUAGAUGUUGGAAGUGCCCGUGCAAGCUCCCAGGCAGAUUGGAAGAACUGAACCUUCACUCUUCCUCCACCCUUCCCCGCCCCAAGCUCAAAAGUCAAAAUCGCCGUAAGAGACCUGAGGGUGAGCGAGGGUGGGAAAGAGAGGGGUCACCAGGGGAUGCGAGCAUGGCACCCUACUGGCGCGGAAGAUCCAGACCCCAGGGCCGACAAAGGGCAGAAGUGAAGCAGGCACCCAAUGAGGACGUGGGCACACAUUGCAAAUGGCCAUGUCCCCUGCCUUCCCACUCCCCAUGAGAGCACAUGAAGCCCAGGGAGUAGCUCUAGACCCCUUGCUAGGGAAAAGCAAGCCUGCCUGAGGCUAGGGUCUUUGCUAAAACCAGCAGUAAUUACCUGGAGAGGAGCCAAGCACUAGUGUUGGCAUCGCAGGGAAAAAAACGUCUAUGUUUGGUCUUUAGCGAUUGAGCCCUUCAUGGCUCGUUACCUCUGCCUCAUGGUUCAGGGAAGUCUGCAGGGCCAGAUGGCCCCACCCUCACCUCACAGCCCCCCCACUCAGCUUUUCUGGCCCUUUUCUAAGAACACGAACCAAAAUCACUGGAAGAAAAAUCAAUGGCCCUGGAGAAAUCCUCACUCCAGGAACAAAGGGGACCUUGAGAAAGGAAACUGGCUUCAGGAAGACUGGACAUCGACUGGUGUGUGACAGACUGCGGGACGGCACGCACAGAGCAGUGCUGGGCAGCGUGCGGAGGAGUGAGCUGUACGUGCACACAGCGGGGCUUCGGGAAGUUCAUGGAAAUGCGUCUUGUAAAAAAAAUGCAUGGAUUUCAAAAGCUUUUGCACCAAAAUAAACCUGUCUUGUAAUGGCA